UCUCACAUACAAACACACUCACGCUAGAUUCCUUAGAUACCCCUCUCCGUGUCUUGUAUCAAAUCUUUCCGAUACCACCAAUAAUUUAUACUCGCCUGCACUCCAAUUCAUAAUUUUAUAUACAAAUCGACACACUAUGAUUCUUCUGUAAAUUAAGCCGCCUCCUCAAUUUCAUACCGUUGACAUCUGUAAUCAAUCGUUAGUUGAUCCACAAAGAUGGCUUUGGAUGAAGAAUCACCACUUGUUGAUCAUCAAAUUCAAGCUGAAAAUCAAACGGUUAAUCAUGGCAGAGACAUUCAUAUUCUAAGCUGGGCCUUCUUGUUGAUUUUUCUAGCCUAUGGUGCUGCUCAGAAUCUGCAGAGUACACUUAAUACUGAUGGAGAUCUGGGAACUAUUUCACUUGGAAUAUUGUAUACAUCUUUCACUGUUUCUUCACUAUUUGCCUCUUCGGUUGUUAGAAAGCUUGGAUCGAAGAACGCGCUGCUGUUGGGUACUACAGGUUAUUGGUUGUACAUAGCUGCAAAUCUAAAACCAUCCUGGUAUACAAUGGUGCCGGCUUCUUUGUACCUCGGGUUUGCUGCUGCUAUUUUAUGGGUUGGGGAGGGGACAUACCUUACCGCAACUGCAAGGAGCCAAGCAAAUGAUCACAAGCUACACGAAGGAACCGUAAUUGGCCACUUCAAUGGAGAGUUUUGGGGAAUUUUUGCUAGCCACCAGCUAGUUGGAAAUCUUUUGACUCUCGCUUUGUUAAAGGAUGGAGCGGAGGGAAGUACAAGCGGAACAACUUUACUUUUUACGGUCUUUCUUGGUAGCAUGACGUUGGGAACGGUUCUAAUGUCGUUCUUAAAGAAACGGGACGGUGAAGAAACCGAAGGGGAUAGAGAUUCUUCUCCCGGUUUAUAUACACUUUUAGCAUCUUUGUGGAAUCAAAUAAUAACCCCUUUGUGUGACGUGAGGAUGUUAUUGAUCGUCCCACUUAUAGCGUUUUCUGGUCUACAACAAGCAUUUGUUUGGGCAGAAUUUACAAAGUAUUAUGUUCAGCCAUCUCUCGGUGAAUCUGGUGUUGGUGGUGCUAUGGCUGUAUACGGAGUUUUUGACGCAAUUUGUUCUCUAGCUGCUGGUCGGUUUACAUCCGGUCUCACAUCUAUCACUUUGAUUGUUUCUGGUGGAGCCUUUCUACAAGGUGGUAUAUUGAUCUGGCUGCUAAAUUACAGUGAACCUACCGAUGGUGUUCUACGCGUAGUAUACCCGCUUCUCAUUGCAGCGGUAUGGGGAAUCGGUGACGGGGUGCUCAUGACACAGCUGAAUGCUUUGCUGGCAAUGCUUUUCAAGCAUAAUAUGGAAGGGACGUUUGCGCAGUUGAAGCUCUGGCAGAGUGCUUCAAUUGCGGUUGUAUUCUUUUUGAGCCCAUACAUUUCGCUGCAGACCAUGUUAUUUCUUAUGCUUGCCGCACUCGUGUUGUCAUUAGUCGGAUUUCUAUUUCUCGUGCUUAAAGUGGAAAAGGUGUUUUCCAAUCACGUUUCGUAAGUCUCAACCGAUCAAAAACGUGUGCUAUUCUUCCCUUUCUGUUUGCUUGUGGAAACUGUUUAUUCCCCUUUAAACAGUUAUAUUUCAUGUUGUUCAUGCGACAUGUUAAUAUGUUAUAUUCCGUGUUGUUUAUUAGUCUUGUAUUAAACAACUGUAAAUGGAAAUGGUCCUCUUUGAUUUGAGACAUUUGAUAUAACA